AUGACAAUGGACAAGUUGAAUGCCGUAGGAGCAACCUGUUUUGAUGAAUUGGAUGAUACCAUUGAUGGAAUUCUUUACAUUGCUCAAAUCGCUGAAAAUUGCGAAACAAUUUCUGCUGAAGAUCAUGAAAGACAAUCACAUUUACAGGCUCACAGGCUGGAGCUGCACCUAUUUGGAGAUGCCAGCGCCGCAGCAUGUGGAGCUGUUGCAUACCUACGACGUGUUGACUACAACAACUACUCAAAUGCUUUGAAGAUUGCUUGGAGAACCGGUCAAGAUUUGAUUUUUCUCGAGUUGUUUUUCAGCUUCAUGGCACUGAAAUAUCUUCUCUGGCUGGAACACAAGUACUCGGAAGCUCAAUAAUCACCUUUGUUUAAAGAAA